AUGGCUUCAUUUUCAUCUGAUUCUACUAAUUUACAAGAAAUUACAGUCUUUAAAAAUUUAACUGAAAGACCUCCAAAAGAGGUAUGGGAUUAUAUUCAGAAAGUAGCACCCAAAGACCGUGGACACUAUAGUGCACAAUAUAAAAAAUGUGGUAAAUCUUGGGCACGUGGAAAGCCAAAAAAUUUAGAAGAUCAUUUGGCUACCGAAUGUACAAAAGUUGACUUUGAAGUUAAACAAAAAUUUCUUCGUAUAGUAGUUACAAGAAAUUAUACAAAAGAAAGUGAUGUUGAAAAGGAUACUGAAGAGGAUUUUCCAAUAUUUAAAAAGGCUCGUACUAUUGAAUCUCGAGAACUUAAUAAUCAAAUUCAGUCUUUAGUAAAAACUUGUUGGUCAACUGCUUGGGAUUGUCUUAUUUCAAUUUUAAGACUACAACCAUUUCCAAAAGAUGUAGCUAAUUCAAUAGGUUCUCGAGGAUUUUUUAAUGAUGUUGAAUGUUUAUCACAGCUUAUAUAUUCUGCAAAAAAAGCAAUUACAGCUGUUGAAUCUAAAUCAACUACCUUGGCAGAUGUUUAUAUUAAAUUGGUUCAAUUAGCAUCUGCAAUACAUUGUAUUCCACUAGAAACUGAUUAUAUUGAGUUUCGUAAAAUUUGCAUUCAAAUUUAUAACCGUAGAUGGGAUGAAUUUGACUUUGAAAUUUUUAAAUUAGGAUACUUUUUUCAUCCUAAAUAUCAUGAUGCUGGAUUACAAAUUGGUGGGUUUCGAGUAAUAGCAAAAGCUGCCAUAAAUAUAUGGAAAUCAUUAGGUGGUGGAGACAAAUCAGUUGAAGUAUUACUUUCUCAAAUGAAAGACUAUUAUGACUGUGAUGAUCGACCCAAUUAUUUGUCACGAAUGGCAUUAAAAAUCUUAGCAAUUACACCACACAAUGCCAGAUGUGAAAGAAUUUUUUCUGUACUUAGAUGGUUUUAUGGUCAACAAAGACAUCGGUUAAAUAUUACAAAACUUGAAGAUAUGGCAAAGAUACAUACCUAUUAUAUUUCAAAUAUUGAUACUGAACUUACUCAUGCUGCACCAAAUAUUGAAUUGGAUGAAUUACGGAAAAAAGUCUUGGAUGCAACUUUAUCUAUGGGAUUAAAGGAUGAGCUUGAAGAAGAAGAUAAUUAUACAAUAGACGAAAUUGAAGAAGAGCUUUUUAUAUUAGAAGAAAGUCCAAGUGAUGAUAUUUCUGUUGAAAGUGAAUUAUUAAUAAUCGGCAAUACUAUGGAUUUAAAUUCAUCUAAUUUUAAAAUACAACCUUUAGCAUUAGAUAAUUAUAGUUCUAAACCUAUUGGAGACAAAAUUGAAGAAGAUCAUGGCAAUGUAGAAUUCGGUGUUGAUGCUUUAGUAAAUAGCUUUGAUAUUUGA